CUGAGAGGCUUGGUGUCAUAAAGCUCCGAAUUUCAGCACUUAAUUAGGUGCACUAUCUAAGCGUGGCAGUUGUACGAAAACAUGGCCUGUUUUUAUUUUCACCUUCACCGUGUCUCUCCAUUUUCAUUUUCACUCUCUUCUCUUUUCUCUCUCUCCUUCCUCUCUAUCUUCACCGCAUUCCCUGAAAGCAUAAAGAAAGCAUGACAAUCAAGGAUUCAGGUCAACAGUCUUCACAAGCCUUCCGACUACGUGUGCCUCCUAAUUCAUCAGCAGAGGCCGAGGUCGUUACCAUCCCCACUCGACUCGAUCCUAAGUCCGGCCAACGAAUUAUUCUAUGGAGGGACAUCCAGCUUUAUUACAAGGAUGCCCAAUGUGUCAUGAACGAUGGGGACGUUAUCCUCUACCUCACGGACGAAAAUUUUGAGUAUCUCACUCCCCUAAGGAUUGGACACUACCCAGGAGUUAUACUCGAUGUGAUUGUCGGCAGUACCGGACAGGAGGUUGUGGCUCCAGCAACGGAGGAAGCGUCUCUCCAGCGCAUCACACCAGUCUCCACUCCGACUAUCUCACCGGACGUACCAACCUACACGAACUCAAACGCCAUUAUUGUAAAUGACGGCGCCAAAGAAAUCCAGAGAUAUAAUCCGCCAUACUGUAUGGAAAUUGUCGAGAUCAACUCUUUGGCGGAGCAAACGGCCGACCUAUCCGUCCAGGACGUGGGGUCACCGAAUCAUCACCUCGUCGUACGUUCAACAGACAUGGCUCAGGAACCGACAGUGUCUGUUCAAGACCAUCUCUACCACUAUACCUCCCAGCUUCUGGCCCUCCAGUCCGGCCAACGGAAUAUAGCCGAAGCUAUGCAGUCCGGACGGUCGGAUAUCGUCGCUACCAUUAAGGGUGAAAUGGACAAGAAUAGAUCCCUUCAGGAGCAAGUCCUCCAGAUGCAGCGGCAGAUGGACAGAAAGGACAGGAGGGCGCAAGAUCGGCUAUUCGAGGCACAACAGCAGUUAUUAGGGCAACAGAAACAGAUGCUCAAAAUGCAGCAGCAAGCCCUCGACCGAUUGGCUAUCAUCCAAAACCGAGUUCAAGCAGUUCUCACUCAGACCUACGAACUUCACGAGUAUCCCAUUCCUCGCCUGUUCAUCGUGCUCCCAAAGGCGUUACGACGUCGCGACAAGCUGCUCAAGCCUUUUUCGGAACAGUUUCGUCUGUAUUUCCUGUGUGAGUGCGGUGCUCAUACUAUGUCCGAGGGAACCACCAUUCCACACGAGAUCCACCUGGCCAAACACGAGGGAUACGAUCUGGACCGACCAAAAGAGUUCUUUGAAAAAUACGGCUCCUACGUCCUAGCGCUGAUGCAGAUGAUCAAAUUUGGAAUAUCAGUGGCAGGGGUCGUGGUGCCUCCGCUGGCGCAUUUCAAAGUCGUGGAAGGGAUCGAGGAAGUGGAGAGGCAUCUCAAGUUUGUGAGGGAGAAUCUUGAGCCACUGGUAGACGACACAAUCCAUUUUAUCGAAGGCCAACAAAAGAAUCCCAGCGGUGGAAUGGAAUUGACCGAGGGACAGACGCAGAUGGAUAAGCUCGAGGUCUUGGAAGGAGCAGAUCUUCGGCAGCUGGAAUCGUAUCUGAAAGUACAGGACGAGAGCCGCGUUCUUGGCAACCUAUACAGGAUUGUCACGGCGGAGGGUCAUGUCAAGUGGGUUUGCAUCGACCACUAUCGCGAGAACUAUCGAGAAUCGACGGUCCAGCAAUUGAGAGAUAUAGUGGAAGCUAACGGAGGAGUGUUUGCCGAGGCACAGGGCAAGAUCAAAAUUUCGCUGACGGCCCCUACUCUCGCGAAACAGUUUUACGAGGCGCUGGUCAAGUCGCGACAUGUCCAUGAGCUGGAAGUAAGCUUACGGUGGGACACGUCACUGGAUGAUCUUCGGAAAUUGACCGCUGCUGUCACGACGGCGAACAUUAUCCGGCUAUCCCUUCUCUACAGCUUUCAAGGACCAGCACUGGACUAUAUCAACCGCAACCGCCGUUUUAGGCCUAUUAUGGAACUCAUGUCCAACGGACGGGUCCAGUCUCUCGAGCUACUUUCGUUGUAUGCUGAUGUCCCCAUUCGGUUCAGGAGCUCUUACAUCAAGUUGACUUCUCAGCUUCGAACACUAUCUAUCAAAUACGUUGACCUCGAGGAUACCGCGGCUAAUGCAGCAUUCGCCAAGCUUCUCCAGAACUGUCCCAGCCUAGUAGAGCUGAAGCUUUCGACACAAGACCCAAGCUCGGGUCUGAAGACCAUCAUGGACAGCGUAGCCUUCCUAUCAAAACUCCGAAUGCUGGAACUUUACCCUUGGGUCAACUCAAAGAACCAGCGCAUUAUCGUGAACCUACUCAAGGGCAGUAUUCAAAUUAUUUGGGCUUCGAUAUUUAGCAUUGGGACCCUUCAACCAAUCUAUUUGGCAUUUCUUCAAGAUGGCCGUCUCACUCGAUUGUCGAUAGCGGAAACUGUUCGUGAAGAAGGUGAUGCUUCGCUGGCGGAGAUGCUACGAAGGAACCCCAAGCUUACAGAGGUCAAUCUUAGAUGCGAAUACCAACGAUUUGCACCGAUCAUCGAUCUGACUCUAUCAACAAGAAAGGAAGGUCGAUUACAAGGACGCACCUGUGCACCAUUACAACUCGAGCUCCAAGCAGAUUCCGACUUAGGCGACGAUUUAAUCACCUCGACGGUCCACUUUGCGGAUGACUCCGCUGCGUUCGAUAUGUCUACCCGUAUCAAAAUGGGACAGACAUCAAGGCCUUCCUCGGAUCACCUACCUCAACUAUUCAGUCGAUACGGAUGGUCCAUCAAGAUAUUGGAAGCCAUCUCUGGAACACUCAACGAUGAUCUUGCUCUAAAACUGGACAAAACAACAGAAGACAAUGAACCAAAGCUUGCAACCCUCAUGCUGGACCCAAGCGGCCUAUCACCCGCAGGUGUGGCGUCCAUGGAUCGAGUCAUGAGUCGUUCGGAUCAACUACAGGAUUUGCGGAUCUACCUCAAGAACCCACUUUUUGGCGACCGUGGAGACAGGCGACUGCUCCACCGACAUAGAGAAAAGUUGACCGAGUUGGCAGUGAAUGUGACAACACGCGAUUCACAUAUCCCACGGCUUGCAAAGAUCUUCCCGACAAGACGCGAUGUGCCAAAGCUGAAGUCCCUCUAUUUCAGAAAUCAGGCCAUGGCUCACUUUCCACAAGAGUUCAUCCCAUGGCUCGUUGCAAUGAUCUCUGCUCCGAACAAUCCAUCUGUCCAAAAAUCGCCCCUGCCAGAGAGUAUGAGAGUACCAUUGGCUCCGCCAUCGAUCAAGGCCUCUACGGAUACAUCACCAACAUGGGAGCCACUGCGCGAAUUCAAACUGCUUGGAUUUUUAUUACAACCUCAGGACUGGAGGACUCUUAUCGAGGCGCUCGAUGUUUUCACAUUGGAAACGCUGGAUUUCCGUUAUACCAAUUUCUCGGUCAAUGAGCUCAGAACGUUGGUCCAGUGCAUCCCUGACAAUAGUUCCGAAGUCGUACUAAAGUAUGUAUAUUUGAAAGAAACAAUGCUCUCACAGCAGUUUCAUUCUUCGGAAAUACAGUCGCUAUGUGCCACGUUAGAAAAGAAAGCCCCGCUAGCGGAGAUUCAAAUCCUGGGAAUAUGAUCACAUCUUCCUCAAUAAACACGACCCAACCUAGUAUAUUGAGGAUGAAGAAUGAAUGAAUGGUCUUGACAUAGACAAUCCGACACAUUUGUUCGUUUCUAGGCUAUUUGGUCCAGCGCUCCCUAUUUGUUGACUGGCAGUUUAUUUGUCGACCGGCGUAUUUUGAUAUGACACAUAUAGCGUCGCUUACAG